AUGAGGCUUGCAAUUACAGUAACUCCUACUACACAACCACACACUUCCCUCACUAUGUCCAAACCCAACCCAACUUUCCCACAUGCCACCGACGCCCCCACAACUAGCUUGCCUUUCAACAAGUCUCACCUCUCUUGGGGUCGUCUCAACCGUGACUCCCGGCAAUGCUACAACUCUCCCAAACUUGGUCACAAGUGGAUGCAAUACCAAGGAAUCAACAACUGGGAAGGCUUGCUUGAUCCUCUUGAUGAUAACCUACGCUCCGAAAUCUUAAGAUACGGCCAGUUUGUAGAAGCAGCUUAUCGCUCUUUUGACUUUGACACCUCUUCUCCUUCUUAUGCCACGUGUCGUUACUCCAAGCGCUCGCUCUUGACCCGAUCUGGAAUGAAAAGAUCCGGAUACCAAAUAACCAAGAAUUUGCGUGUCACAUGUGGAGUUCAAUUACCGAAGUGGGUUGACACCAUAUCUCAAUUGUCACUUGUCCAAUCCAGUUGGAUUGGUUACGUGGCAGUUUGUCAAGACAAGGAGGAAAUUGCACGACUUGGCCGGCGUGAUAUAGUGAUUGCUCUUAGAGGAACAGCUACUUGGUUAGAGUGGUUGGAAAAUUUUCGUGCAAAUUUGACAAAAUUACCAUAUGAUAUGACUGGGAGUAGUAGAAGUAGUAGUAGUAGGUGUGAUUGUGAGAGCAACAAUGGUCUAGGUUGUAUGGUGCAAAAUGGAUUUUUGAGUCUCUAUGUGUCCAAAACAACCAAAUGUCCAAGUUUGCAAGAAAUGGUGAGGGAGGAGAUUGCAAGAGUGAUCCAAACUUAUGGUGAUGAGCCACUCAGCUUAACAAUAACUGGUCACAGCCUUGGAGCCGCACUCGCUAUUCUCAGCGCGUACGACAUAACCACCACCUUAAAAAAUGCCCCCAUGGUUACUGUCGUUUCCUUCGGUGGGCCCCGCGUGGGUAACGACAUUUUCAGAAAUCACUUAGAACAGAGUGGAACGAGGAUAUUAAGAGUUGUCAACUCCGAUGAUGUCAUCACAAAAGUACCGGGGCUCGUGGUUAACUCUGAUGACGUGGAAUGCAAUAAGGGUGUCCACGUUGGAAACCUACAGAACUGGUUCCGCAGGCGCAUGGAAAACAUGCAGUUGGUGUAUGCUGACGUUGGACAGGAGCUGAGGUUAAGUAGUAGGGAAUCACCGUACCUCACAAAAGGAAACGUUGCCACGUGUCAUGAUCUCAAGACGUAUCUUCACUUGGUGAAUGGUUUUGUAAGCUCUUCAUGUCCUUACAUGAGCAAAACGACACCGUCUCCCGCGGAAGCUUGGCUAUGA